UGGCAAUAAUGGCCAAACGGUGCACACCGGGGUAUAAAAUGUAGAGGAAAUGGCAUCUGCUGGCAGUGACAGCUAUAUUGUGAGAGUCAAAGCUGUGGUUAUGACCCGAGAUGACUCCAGUGGAGGAUGGUUGCCACAAGAAGGAGGCGGUCUUAGUAGAGUUGGUGUCUGCAAGGUCAUGUGCCCAGAGGGCAAUGGAAGAAGCGGGUUUCUGAUCCAUGGAGAACGGCAGAAAGACAAACUGGUGGUAUUGGAAUGCUAUGUGAAGAAGGACCUUGUCUACACUAAAGCAAACCCUACAUUUCACCACUGGAAAGUUGACAACAGAAAGUUUGGACUCACUUUUUUAAGCCCUGCAGAUGCACGUGCAUUUGAUAGGGGUGUGAGGAAAGCCAUUGAAGACCUCAUGGAAGGAUCUACAACUUCAUCCUCAACAAUCCACAAUGAGACUGAAGUUGGAGAUGAUGAUGUCUUUACAAAUGCUACAGACAGUUCCUCCAAUUCUUCCCAGAAGAGGGAACAGCCUUUGCGAACACUAGCAUCUCCUCCAUCCUGCGAGCAUCACAGGAUUUGCACCCAAGGUCACAUGCAUGACCAAUUAAGUCCUGACCACUACCAUCUAGAACAAUCAAUUACACGGCCAUAUCGACAUGUUAGCUUCCCUGACGAUGAUGAGGAAAUUGUGCGGAUUAAUCCACGGGAAAAGAUCUGGGUGACAGGCUACGAGGACUACCGCCACACCCCUAUGCGGGGAAAGUACAUUGAUCCAGACGACGGGGAUUCGUAUGUGCGGUUUGCCAAAAGUGUGGGCUCGAAGCAUGAUUACAAUUACCCUUACGUAGGCAACUCUGACUUCGAUCCGGGUGAAAACAUCAAGAGCCCUGUGAUAAAGACUCAACCCUCCAGGUGCAAAUCACGGCGGCGGAAAGAAGACGGGGAGAGGUCACGGUGUGUCUAUUGCAGGGACAUCUUUAACCACGAGGAAAAUAGGCGAGGGCAGUGCCAGGAUGCUCCGGAUAGAGUACGAAGCUGCAUCCGCCGAGUCAGCUGCAUGUGGUGCGCGGACAGUAUGCUCUACCACUGCAUGUCUGAUCCUGAAGGAGAUUAUACAGACCCUUGUUCUUGCGAUACCAGUGACGAAAAGUUUUGCCUCCGGUGGUUGGCCCUUAUCGCCUUGUCUUUUAUUGCUCCUUGUAUGUGCUGUUACUUGCCCCUCCGGGCUUGUUAUCACUGUGGGGUCAUGUGCCGAUGCUGUGGCGGGAAACACAAAGCAGCUGGAUGAUAACGCUCAAAACCUGCGAAGGACUCUUCUGCCUUUCCCCUUUGGCCAAGGAGCAACUUGGUCCUGGAGCAUUCUCGGAUUGUAUGUACCUUCUUCACGUGGCCAAGGGAGCCUGGUGGAAUCCAGAAACCCAUCGGCGUGGUAUUUUCCCCUCCCACUCUGCUGCUAUGCAUCGAUGGCUCAUUACGUGCUAACAGACUAAUGUGCAGCAUAGACUUUUGUAUUAUUGAUCUGUAAUCAGACAGAAUGUCUUGUACAUGUUGACAUCUUCCCUCUCCAAUCCUCCCCUCCAAAGGAGACUGUGAUAGGAACAGUUGAGUGUGGUGGAAUUCAGGACAUCUCACAGUUGUGUCUGUAUUUAAACUAACUAUAAGAAUAAUGUGGAAGUACAGUAUAGUGGAAUGAAAUCCCACUUUUGAGUGGCUUCAGCUUGCAGCCAGUUGCAGAGUGUGUGUGUGUGUGUGUGUGUGUGUGCGUGUGUGUGUACGAUGGUCAGUCAGUAUGUGUGUGUGCGUGCAUGUGUGUACACACAGAAAGUGUGCUGGUUACAGAUGUGCACCAUGACCCAGUAUUGCUGACAAUCUUUAUUGAAUGAAUCCAUGUGAACUGCAGUUUCUUAAGGGUCCACAGUUUCUUUUGAAAGCCACUUUGAAUGAUGUCUCUGACCUUCGAACAUUUUAAGUGGAAUGUGGGAAACAAGCCUUAGUAUCACUGAGAAUGUGAGAAUUCUUGUUUCUAUUUUUCAUGGAAAAGGGAAAUUUUAAACAAGUGUCUUCUCUCCCUCAUCCCCCCAUCCCACUUUCCAAAUGUCUUUUCUCCUCCAAAUGAUAUUAAACUAUACAGUGUUGGUAUUAAUGCUCCUCAGAGUCAAAACAGAUGUGACCUGCAGUGUUUUGAUCUGAAACAGGGGGAUUUUACAUGUUACUACAUUAACAUGUAUACCCAUGUACUUGUGGUGUUAUCUUGAAAAAUAAAAGAGGGAACUUUAAAAAAAAUCAUGACCCCAGUGUGUAUACAAAGGAAGGGGAGAAUUUUUCCCCCAACCCAGUCCAGGGUGGGAGCAUUUCUGGAAUGGAUCCAGGGGCCUUAAGCGUUCAGGUGCAUUCCAGAUCAAUCCAGAAAUACAGGGAAGCCUCCAUUGCCAGGAGGUGUAUUUCUUUUUUUUCUUUUUUUGCCUGUUUUCGGGAGGUUGUUUUCAUUUUUUGCCUACAAUUCUCCCUGCCUUGAAGGCCUUUGAACAUGUGAGAGUGCUUUGAACUUUCUUUUUUUUCCCCCUUCACAGAUAGUGCCACUGCUUUCCUCUCAGACUGGCAGAUGUCAGUCUGAGCCCGCCACACCAGCAGGGUUGGGCUAAAGGUAACCCGUCAGCACAGCCUUUGAUAGUUGCUUGGCUGUAGGCAGGAAGAGCACAGCCUUUUCUUUUUAAAAAAAUAUUAUUGCCUUUCCCUUUGCAGAAGUGCACAAUAUUAUGUUUAAUGUACCAGUGAACUUGACUGCUCUGGUGUCCCUCCCUCUCCACGAGAGGAUGAUAGUGGGACUAGCCAAGACUCCAAGCCAGCCAUUAGUCCAGGUCCUCUUUAGACCUGCUACAAAAAUAUGUGGAGUGGGAGGGGCAAGUCCCAUUUCCCCAGUGCUUUUAAUGAUAAUGAGCACUUCCGGCAUCUCUGACUCACCCACUGUGGGUGGGUUCGAUUGAUGAGCUUAAUUGACUGAUAAAACUCCCCCCUCCC